AUGUCCGACAAAAUCCCCAUCAUUGCUCUUAACAGGGUCAGCGACAGAGCCCGAAAGACUUUAGAUGUUGUCCAAAAGUUCGUUGAGGAAAGAUGUAUCCCAGCUGAUCCAGUAUUCGCAUCACAAAUCGGAGAAGGAGUACAGAGAUGGGACCACCACCCAGCGAUCGUCGAUGAUUUGAAGAAGGAGGCACAGGCUCUCGGGCUAUGGAACAUGUUCCUGCCAAAGGGUCACUACAAGGAGUCGCCGGGAUUCACGAACCUCGAAUAUGGAUUGAUGGCAGAGCAGCUAGGCAAAUCAAGAGUGGCGUCUGAGGCGUGCAAUUGUGCGGCACCAGAUACUGGAAAUAUGGAGGUUUUGGCAAAAUACGGAAACGAGGCACAGAAGAAGCAGUGGUUGAAGCCGCUGAUGGAUGGCGAGAUUCGGUCAGCGUUUCUCAUGACUGAGCCUGAUGUCGCUUCGUCGGAUGCCAAGAAUAUUCAGUUAAGCAUGAAGAAAGAUGGGAAUGAUUGGGUUCUUAAUGGUUCAAAAUGGUGGUCAAGUGGAGCUGGUGAUCCACGAUGCAAGAUUUACAUUGUGAUGGGUAAAAGUGAUCCUUCCAAUAAGGAUUCGUACAAACAACAGUCCGUUAUUCUUGUCCCGGCUGGAACCAAGGGUGUUACUGUGGAGAGAAUGCUUUCUGUCUAUGGAUUUGAUGACGCGCCACAUGGCCACGGUCAUAUCACAUUCAACAAUGUUAGAGUACCAGCUUCCAACAUGGUGCUUGGAGAAGGUCGUGGUUUCGAGAUCAUUCAAGGCCGUCUCGGCCCUGGACGUAUCCACCACGCCAUGCGUGCAAUCGGUGCAGCUGAGAGAGCUAUCGAUUGGAUGCUCAUGAGAAUCAAUGAUCCAAGAAAGACGCCAUUCGGAAAGCAAUUGAGCUCGCAUGGUGUUAUCCUGGAGUGGGUUGCAAAGUCCCGUAUCGAGAUCGAUGCAGCUCGUCUGGUUGUAUUGAACGCUGCGAUUAAGAUGGAUGAUUUUGGACCAAAGGCAGCAUUGACAGAAAUUGCUCAAGCCAAGGUCUUCGUUCCUCAAAUCGCCCUCGACAUUAUCGACAGAGCAGUCCAAGCAUUCGGAGGCGCCGGUGUAUCACAGGAUACUCCAUUAGCGAACAUGUGGGCAAAUACCCGUACGCUGAGAAUUGUUGAUGGACCAGAUCAAGUCCACUUGCAACAAAUGGGGAGGAACGAGAACAAGCGAGGUCCAAAAGUCACUGCUAUUAUCAACAAACAGGAAGAAACGACACAACAGCUCUUUGCCAAGUAUGGAGUCACAAGGCAACAGCCAGGGCCAGCAAAGGCGAAGUUGUGA